UCCCAGACAAAACCUUAAUAAAAUACUAUCCUAGCAAAUUGUUCUUAUUUAUAAUAAAAUAAACUUUAUUAUUACUACUUGUAGUAGUACCAUGACCAUCAUGGUACCAAUGUACAUAAAAAACACCCCAAAUUUUAUUGAACCAAUGAAAUUCCGAAGAGCUGUUACCAAUUGGAAAAUAAAUAUGGCGACUUUAAUAAGGGUUGUUCAGAUUCCAACAAGGAUAAAUUUAUUAUAGAAAAAAACUCCUAUAAAAGAAAGAUAUGGCAAGAGACCAACUGACAUUCAAACAAGAAUUUCCAAAUAGAAAAGACUGAAGUGAUUUAAUAAAUCUAAUAAGACAAUAAUUAAAUUAGAUAAUUUUAAUUGUGUAUUAAGAUAUUAAUAAAACAGAAAAUAUUUAAAUAUCCUAAAAAUGCAACAUCAUAGUGAAUCUGGUUAUAUGCCAGAAGUGCCAUUUCAACCAUUAUGGGCUCAGGAAGCACCACCACCGCCUCCAAUAGUACCUUAUCAGGAAUUAAUUACUGGAUUUCCUUGUAAAGAUUUGGCUCUGUGGCAACGAUCCCAGGUCAGCAGUUUAGUUAAUCCUCGUUCGAAUAGCAGCAGUCGUACCAAUGGCACCUCUAACGGUUCUACUAAUGGUAAUCCUACCAAGAAAACUAGACGUCGCACGGCUUCCAUGGCUCAACGGAGGGCAGCCAAUAUACGAGAACGCCGUCGCAUGUUCAAUUUAAAUGAAGCUUUCGAUAAACUAAGACGUAAGUUACCAACGUUUGCCUAUGAAAAACGCUUAUCACGCAUUGAAACUUUACGUUUUGCCAUUACAUAUAUUGGUUUCAUGACAGAACUACUGACUGGCACUCCUAUGAAUUCGAUAAAAACCCGUUCUAAUGAUAUAUAUGGCGGCAUGAAUGGUCAUCAUCAUCCUGGUGCAAUGCCUCACCCUAUGGUCAUAGUUUGGCUUAGGGAGUAUCGCCAGUUCCCGAUAUUAUUUGUUGGUUAUUGUGUAAUUAAUUUAAUUUGUUUUUAA